AUGAAAUGUCAUAGCAUAACAUUAUUCUUCAUUUUGAUUGCAGAAACCUUAUGCUUUGAUGGAAAUGAUAAAAUAUUUCUUAGUUUAUCCCAAUCAUUUUGUUCAAUUAUUGUUACUGAAUUGGGUGAUAAAGUAAUAUAUGAUUAUGUAAUACUAUAAUAGACCUUCUUCUUAGCUGCUAUCAUGUCUAUUAAAUAUAACCGAAUAGCAGUUCUGAUCGGCUCCACUAUCGCACUCAUACUCAUCACGACCAUCAGCACCAUCUUUGGACUCGUCAUUCCUGAAUUGAUUUCAAUCCUCUACGCAUAGGUUCUAGUUUCAAUUGUUUUCUAUGGUUUUGGUGUUAAGUUUCUCUAUGCCUGGUACACCAUGUAGAAAGAAAAGGAAGAACUACAAGAAGUUGAAUAGGAGCUGACCACCUUGGAUAAAAAAUUGAUGAAUCUCCCAGAUCCCGAGACCGACCAAGUCAAUGACAAUGUGACCAAAAGUAAACACCCUCAUUAUUUAACUAUAGAUUUUAUAUAAGUACAAUUCAAAUCCGUGGUUUGGUAGGCAUUUACCUUAACGCUUUUGGGAGAGUGGGGCGAUAAAAGUCAAAUUACCACCAUCAGUCUGACAGCAAUCUAUAACCCCUUCUAUAUCUUCUUUGGUGCCAUUAUGGCCCACUUUUUCUGCACCGUUAUAGCAGUUCAUGGUGGAAAAUUGAUUGCAAAUAAAGUAUCAGAAAAAAAUUUCAAUUUUCUCGGAGGCAUUGCUUUCCUUUCCAUAGCACUUAUAAACACUUAUAUGGCUCUAUUUUUAUGA